CGUUACACCAAAAGCUUUCUAACAACACUAGCAUAUAAAUACAUAUACAUAUGUUGAUCCAAAUAAUAUCAUCAAAACAGUUGCAAAAUUGCUUCUAGUUCUUGUUCAUCAUUGAUUCAAAAUCCAUAGCUUAAAACCUCAGUACUCAAAACCACUCGAAAAUGUUAGAAAUCUCCGAUAGUGUCUUCUUAAUCACUCUUGUCGCAAUCCUCAUACCAAGUUUGGUUUACACACUCACUCGCCUCAGUCACAAAUCGAAGCCCGUGAACCUCCCACCGGGUCCACCGGGUUGGCCCGUGGUUGGUAAUCUGUUACAGUUCGCGCGCUCCGGUAAACAGUUUUUCGAAUACGUAGACGAGAUGAGAAACAUCUACGGCCCAAUCUUCACACUAAAGAUGGGAAUCAGAACAAUGAUCAUCAUCUCCGACUCGAACCUCGCACACCAAGCCUUAAUCGAACGCGGGGCCCAAUUCGCAACCCGACCCGUCGAAACUCCGACCCGUAAAAUCUUCAGCUCCAGCGAUAUCACAGUCCAUUCCGCUAUGUACGGUCCCGUGUGGCGAUCACUGAGACGCAACAUGGUUCAAAACAUGCUCAGCUCAAACCGGUUAAAAGAAUUCGGUCCGAUUAGAAAAACCGGAAUCGAUAAGCUCGUUGAGAAGAUCAAAUCGGAGGCUAAGAACAACGACGGGCUCGUAUAUGUUCUGAGAAACGCAAGAUUCGCUGCGUUUUGUAUCUUGUUAGAUAUGUGUUUCGGAGUCGAGAUGGAAGAAGCAUCGAUUGAGAAGAUGGAUCAGAUGAUGACUGAGAUUUUAAUCGCCGUCGAUCCACGAAUCCACGAUUACCUUCCGAUUCUAACUCCGUUUUACUUCAAGGAGAGACGACGCGCUCUCGAACUUCGCCGGAAAUUAGUUGAAUUCGUCGUCAGAUUCAUCGAGAAGCGGAGAUCGGCGAUUUUAAAUCCGGGAUCCGAUGAAACGGCGUCGUCUUUUGCGUAUCUUGAUACUUUAUUCGAUCUUAAAGUCCACGGACGCGAAACGACGCCGUCAGAUGAAGAUCUCGUGACGCUCUGUUCCGAGUUUCUCAACGCUGGUACGGAUACGACGGGGACGGCGAUAGAGUGGGGAGUCGCGGAGCUGAUUUCGAAUCCUGAGAUUCAAUCUCGGCUGUACGAUGAGAUUAAAUCAACGGUGGGAGAUGAUCGUAGUGUUGAGGAGAAAGAUUUGGAUAAAUUGGUCUUUUUACGAGCUUUUGUUAAGGAGCUUCUACGGAGACAUCCUCCGACGUAUUUCACGUUAACUCACGGCGUCACGGAGCCGACGAAUCUCUCCGGUUAUGAUAUUCCCGUUGGAGCUAACGUUGAGUUUUAUCUUCCGGGUAUAAGUGAGGACCCUAAGAUCUGGUUUAAACCGGAUAAAUUUGACCCGGACCGGUUUAUUACAGGUGGAGAAGACGCUGAUUUAACCGGAGUUGCCGGAGUUAAGAUGAUGCCGUUCGGAAUUGGUCGUCGGAUUUGUCCGGGGCUUGGUAUGGCGGUCGUACACGUGGAGCUAAUGCUGGCGAGGAUUGUUCAAGAGUUCGAGUGGAGCACGUACCCGCCGGAGAGCCAAGUGGAUUUCACCGGAAAGUUGGUGUUUGCGGUGGUGAUGAAGAAUCCGUUGAGAGCUAGGGUUAAAGCUAGGGUUUAAGUUUCGUGGAUUUCACGUCUUUGACUCUUUUUUAACUUGACCAAACCCGGUUCAAAAGAAAAUUCACAUACUGUAUUGUCUGAUUUAUUGUGGUUUAUUUAAAUGUUGUUUUGCUACUCUUCA